AUGGCAGAUGAUGGUUUACAUGAUAGAAUUAUGAUGUUUACUACACGUCAGAACCUAACCCACCUUACAGCAGCUGACAUCAUAUAUGGUGAUGGGACAUGUUAUACAUGUCCAGAUGUAUUUUUUCAACUCUAUACAUUCCAUGCUUUUGUUGACGGAGCUAUCUACCCACUGGUUUAUGCAUUACUACCCGGCAAAAGCCAAAUCAUCUACACAAGGUUCUUGACACUACUCAAAGAAGCAUGCCAACGCUUUGAUCUACAACUACAACCAAGUACUAUAUUCUUAGAUUAUGAAGUUGCAGUACGUAAUGCAGCUUAUCAAGUAUUUCCUGGUAUAACUGGCAAAGGUUGCUGCUUUCACUAUACACAGUCAGUGUAUAUGAGGAAAGGCUCAAGAUACUGGUCUUCAGACUCACUACAAGAACAACAACGACAUCACCAGAUUGGUUCGACGUGCAGCAGUUCUUCCACUUGUACUAUUACAACAUGUAGAGGACAUUUGGUUAAAUGCAUUAGAAGAAAUAGAUGA